AUAAACAAACGCCGCCCGGGCGCACGUGCGCCGCGCAGCAGAUCGCGCGCUCCAGCGGGCGCCGGGUCUCCAGGCACUGCGGGAAGCCGAGGAGCGAGGAUCAGAGAGCCGCCUGCGCCGCGCUGCCCUCGCCUCCGACCCUCUCCAUGGCUCCGCGGCCGCCGCCGCUCUCGCCGCCCUCCCGCGCUAAGGGGCCUCUCGGCAGCGGGUGCACACACUCGGUGAAGGACUGAACAGCUCUGCCGCUCUUCGCCGGCUGACUGCACUCAGAGCAAGGCGAGGCGGGGGACACGAAGGCAGCACGCAGGACGUCCCGAUCGCCGCGGGACUGUGCGGCCCGGGCGCAGGAAGGGCGCGCGGCCGCUUUGAGCGGAGCUCUGGGCGGGCAGCGGCGGGAGGCGUCUCGGCGCCCAGGCCGGACCCGCGCAACUGCUCGCGGCCGGCGCCCGGGACUUCGGACUCACCUGUCUGCGGCGCCCCCCUCUCCAUCAAGACUGCGCGGGGCUGGAGCGCGGCCCGACCUAAUAUGCCCAGAGCCGAGGCGCGAUGAAGGAGAAGUCCAAGAAUGCGGCCAAAACUAGGAGGGAGAAAGAAAAUGGCGAGUUUUACGAGCUGGCCAAGCUGCUCCCGCUGCCGUCGGCCAUCACUUCGCAGCUGGACAAAGCGUCCAUCAUCCGACUCACCACGAGCUACCUGAAGAUGCGCGCUGUGUUUCCCGAAGGUUUAGGAGACGCAUGGGGACAGCCGAGCCACACCGGGCCCCUGGACAGUGUUGCCAAGGAGCUGGGAUCACACUUGCUGCAGACUUUGGAUGGAUUUGUCUUUGUGGUAGCAUCUGAUGGCAAAAUCAUGUAUAUAUCCGAGACAGCUUCUGUACAUUUAGGCUUGUCCCAGGUGGAGCUCACGGGCAACAGUAUUUAUGAGUACAUCCAUCCCUCUGACCACGACGAGAUGACCGCUGUCCUCGCGGCCCACCCGCCUCUCCACCAUCACCUGCUCCAAGAAUACGAGAUAGAGAGGUCAUUCUUCCUCCGAAUGAAGUGCGUCUUGGCCAAAAGAAACGCGGGCCUGACCUGCAGUGGGUACAAGGUCAUCCACUGCAGCGGCUAUUUGAAGAUCAGGCAGUACAUGCUGGACAUGUCCCUGUACGACUCCUGCUACCAGAUUGUGGGGCUGGUGGCCGUGGGCCAGUCGCUGCCUCCCAGUGCCAUCACGGAGAUCAAGCUGCACAGUAAUAUGUUCAUGUUCAGGGCCAGCCUCGACCUGAAGCUCAUCUUCCUGGACUCCAGGGUGACCGAGCUGACGGGUUAUGAGCCACAGGACCUGAUUGAGAAGACGCUCUACCACCAUGUGCAUGGCUGCGACACCUUCCACCUGCGCUACGCACACCACCUCCUGCUGGUGAAGGGCCAGGUCACCACCAAGUACUACCGGCUGCUGUCCAAGCUGGGCGGCUGGGUGUGGGUGCAGAGCUACGCCACCGUGGUGCACAACAGCCGCUCAUCCCGGCCGCACUGCAUCGUGAGUGUCAAUUAUGUCCUCACGGACAUCGAGUACAAGGAACUGCAGCUGUCGCUGGAGCAGGUGUCCACUCCAAAGGCACAGGACUCCUGGAGGACCCCCUUGUCUACCUCACAAGAAACUAGGAAGCUAGCUAAGCCCAGAAACAUGAAGAUGAAGACAAAGCUGAGAACAACCCCCUACCCACCGCAGCAGUAUGGAGCGUUCCACACGGACAGAUUGGACUGCGGCCAGCUCGGACCCUGGGCGGCCAGCGCCCCUGCCAGCACUCCGACGGCCCCAGAACAGCAGCUGCACGCCGAGGGCGGGGACCUCCUGUAUGCGCCGCCUUAUAGCCUGCCCUUCUACCGCUACGGCCCCUUCCCACUGGACACACAGGUCUUCGGCAGCAAGAAGCCCGCGCCUCCAGCCAAGCUUGGGCAGCCCCCCGGCUCCCCAUGUGAGGUGGCUCGCUUCUUUCUGAGUGCUCUGCCAGCCAGCGCUGAGUGCCAGUGGCAUUAUGCCAGCCCACUGGGGCCCGGCAGCCCAUCUGCAGCUCCCAAGAGCCUCCCGGAGCCACCUGCAGCCCGGCAUCUGGUGCCCAACUUUGAAGCAGCACCAGGCGCUGUCGCGCGCAGGUUCAGCGAGGACCCCGCACCCCAGCCGCCGCCGCCGCCACCUCCCAGUUUCCCGAGCUGUGGCCUCUACCGUGAAGAGCGCACGUCUUGCCCCGCCAAGGUCGCGCGCCAGGCCCGAGACGUGCCGCGCCUGCCUGAGUGCUGCGCGCCUCCCGGUCCCGAGCCCCCGGGCGCGCGCGCGCAGCUGCCCCUAGUGCUGCUCAACUGCCACCGCGUGCUGGCUCGGCGCGGGCCGCUGGGGGGCACUGCGUCGGGCUUGGCUUGCGGCCCCGCGCCCCCGGAAUGCGCUCUGCGGCCGCGGCUCCCGAGCCCCGCAGCGGCCCCAGCCUCCGGCGCACCGAGGCCGCACUACCUGGGCACCUCUGUCAUCAUCACCAACGGCAGGUGACGAUGCACAGCCCAACAAAGUGGACUAGCGGGGUGCAGACCGGACGCGAGCGGCAGUGACUGACAGAGCCAGAGAUUUCUGCGAGCUCCGGGGCCAACCUCAGAUUUACCGCUGAUGCAGAGCGGAAACACGAUUCUGCAAACCUGAGGGUCCGCGACCACCACGACCUCAAGCUCCCCGCCUUUGAUUCAGUUUCUUCCCCCUUGAAAUCAAGCUUCCGGCACUUUGCUGGUGACCUAAGGUGUUGCAACUCGCAGAUAUAUGAGGGGGUGAGGCACCCUGAUUCCAGGCGGGGAGGGUGGGCCGGGGGUUGGGGGCGGAGGCACAGGCAGGAUCUUUUCCUCUGUUCUUAGCUAAGGCAGAAAGGUGGUCAUUUUCAGUUCCUGGACACUCCACUGUCUUUAAAAGUCAUUCAUGAGUCUUACGAAUUUUUUUAAAAAAUUUAUCUUUUCCUGAAUGCAAAAAACAGCAAGCCAAUUCUACUGUGGGUGUGUGCACACAAGUGUGCUUCACAAACACGUUAACAAGCGCUUAUGCCCUUGGCCAGAUGGAUUUUUGAUAGCACCAGGAACAGCACCUUCAGAAUAUACUGAGUAGGCAUUAAAUGCAAAAAGACCUGUGUGACCAGGUCUUGUCCGAGGGGCGGUCAAGCUGGCUCCACUGUGAGUAUGCCACACAGCUCUGAAAUCCUCCGAGCUGGAUCGCUUCGAGCAAUGCUGACCCGGCUGGCUAAUUGCAUGUGCAAUAUGGAAACGCGGUGGCCCACUAAGGGCAUGCUAAGGGGUGUCAUGAGAGUGAUGGACCCGUGUUAAGCAUCUCCUACAUAGUGAAGAGCUUCCUCUGAACGUGUCAUUCUGUGUAUAGGUGGACAGAGAUCUUUUGUAAAGCACCAGCAGUGUUUGAAAAAUAAAAUCUCAUUACUUUUGUUUCAUUUUUAGUUUCUUGCUCAGAGAUGUCAUUUAAGAAUCCCGUCAUGGCUAUGACUUGAUGGCCUUCAUUGACUUUAUUUUUGGUACUGGGAAUUGAACUCUCAACCUUGCCCUUGCCAGGCAGGCGCUGUGCUGCUGAGCUACACCCCUAGCUCAGGGCCAUGGUUUGGAUGGUGUGUGCAGGCACAGACUCAUUGUGUUCCUUGCUCAGUAAGUGCUGCAUCAUUUUGCUGCUUUUUCAAAAACAGUUUACUUUUAGGAAAUUUUUCCACCUUCUGAGUGGAGAGGAGUUUUCAUAGGUUCUGAACUUCCAGAAUCAGAGGGCUCUCAACAGGUGAGCUGAUCUUCUGCCAGGUGAGGCGCCUAUGUAUUCCCUGCAGGGUGUACCUGGCCUCAGGUAGCAGAGCUGCAGUGUGCAGGGGGCUAGAAGUGCACUCCCUCCGCAGCCCGGGGCUGGUGGAGCGUGUUCCCGAGGAAAGCCAAGCAUAUUGUUUCUUAUACUCACGAGUCUCCUAAUGAAACCUCGAGACGCUUAGGUUUAGUUAGUAGGAGACGUCACUGACAUUUUUCAAUAAAGUACCGCAAAAUGCUU